GUGGGAGAGAAAUGCAGCGGCGGCAGCAGCACUAGCGGCGGCGUUGCUGGCUUGCUCCAAUCAGCCGGCUCCAGCAGAAGCGCCACUCGCUCCACUCCCCAGCCACGCAGGGCCAGCUCUGGCCACCCACUCACUUGGGCGGCAGCAGCAGCGAGCAGCAAGCAAGCCGGGGACCCUCUCCUCUCUCUCUCUGUGUGACCACCACCCCACGCGACAGCCCCACGGGCACAAAGGGGGCGGCAGGAGCGAAGCAAGACAGGCUCCAAGAUGGGAGGCAAACUGAGCAAGAAGAAGAAGGGCUACAGUGUGAAUGAUGAAAAGGCCAAAGACAAGGACAAGAAGGCUGAGGGGGCUGCUGCUGAGGAAGGAGAGGCUCAGAAAGAGAGUGAGCAGGUUACAGCGGAGACUACAGAAGUGAAGGAAAAUAGCAAAGAGGAGAAGACUGAGCCAGAUGCUCAGGUGGCUGCCAACAAGACAGAAGAGAAAGAAGAGGAGAAAGAUAAAGCAGCGAGCCAGGAAGAGCCCAAGAAACCAGAAGCUGAGAAAACAGAGGCUGCGGUGGAUGCCAAGGUGGAGCCUCCGAAGAGUGAACAGGCAGCCAAGGCAGAGGAGCCAAGCUCUGCUUCUGCUCCGGCUGGCGAUGCGCCUAAACAGCCCUCUGAGCCUAGCAGCGAUGCAAAAGCUUCCCAGCCUUCAGAAGCCAUAGCUACUAGUAAAGUAGAUGACAAGGGCAAAGAGAAAGGAGAAGUCAAAAAGACUGAGGCUCCUGCCAUACCCACAGCCCAAGAAACUAAAAGUGACGUGGCCCCAGCUUCAGACUCAAAACCUAGCAGCAGUGAGGCUGCGCCUUCUUCCAAGGAGACUCCAGCAACCACAGAAGCCCCUAGUUCUACUGCUAAGGCCUCAGAGCCCGUGGCCCCGCCAGAGGAAGCAAAACCCUCUGAAGCUCCAGCAGCAAAUUCUGAUCAAACCAUAUCAAUGAAAGAUUAAAUUGGACAGUCCAUGGGGAAAACAAAAACAAACAAAAAAACAAAAUUAACCACUUAAAACAACCUGUGUCUUCUUUUUUUUUAAUUCUCUUUUUUUCAGCUCUACUAACUUGUUUCAGAUCUGAAAUAACAAUAUGUAUUGCCCAGGAAAAAUUUAAAAAAGGAAAGAAAUUACAAAAAAAAAAAGUAAUUGGUUCGUCCCAUUAAGUGAGCGGGAGGGAGGGAAAGUGGGCGUGGGGUGGGAUUGGGCUGUGGCUGUGGCGGGGAAUCCAAAUAGUAUUUUUGUGGGGGAAAUAGCUAAUAUACUUUCUGCCAACUUUGCAAAGUCCUGUAUUUCAAUCAAGAAUUAAAAUCAGAUGACAACCUUGAUGUCUGAAAGUGCAUUACCUCCUUCUUUUCUUUUUUUGGUACCUGAACUGCUGUAUAAAUGCACUCCACCAGUCCUUUGAUCUUUUUUCCUUUCUUCUUUUUCUCUAAAGGGGAUUUUGGAAUGACAACAUAAUUGAUUCUGCCCUCUGGGCCAGUGCCACACCAAUCAGAUCUUUAUGAAAGCAGUAUUUCCUGUGGGUUUUUUUUAAUUUACAGCCUUUUAUCAUUUUGUAUUUUUUAUGCAGUGGAUGAAUGACAACUUUCAGACAAAACUCACCUAGCUGUCCACAUUUUUUCUCAAUGCCAAUCCUCUGAUACUUCUUCCUCUCCAAAUAUUUUUGGGAGUUAAAAAUUUAAAAAGCAUUCUCAUCCUACUUAGCCUUCCUAGAUUUCUCAUGACGAGUUUAAUGCAUGUCCGUGGUUGGGUGCACCUGUAGUUCUGUUUAUUGGUCAGUGAAAAUGAAAAAAAAAAGUCUGCGUUUUUUGCAGUUGCAGUUUCUCUUCCAUUCUGUGUCACAGACACCAAUACACCACUCAUUGGGAAAGCAAACAAACAAACAACAGAAAAAGCAAAAUGUAAAAUGGAUGCAUUGAAAUUAUAUGUAAUUGUAUAAAUGGUGCAACAGUAAUAAAAGUUAAAUAAUUUAAAAACA